AUGGGCACACAACUUGAACUUAACGCCUCGAACGGCGCACAUACUUCGAGAAAACGUAAAGCUUCUCUCCCCAUCCAAGAUGACCUCAUCGAGCUUGAGGAUUAUGCAAAGCCUAAGAAAUCUCAAAAAAAGGUCGAUUCUGGAGAGAAACGUCUAAGGAGAUUUCGUGCUAAACCUCCCCAAAAUUUUUAUGCUGUUUAUGAUCGAGCUAUAUCGCAAAGAUUCUAUGUCCUUGAGAGGACGCGCGCUGGUACGGUAUAUUGCCCCGAGGAGUUCGUCGAGUUAACCGGCUCUACUGGUAACAUCUACGUCACCCACAUCGCGCAGCAGCCUACCUGUACUUGUCCUCAUGCCCAAUCCGGCCAUCAAUGCAAGCAUAUUAUAUAUGUCUUGUCAAGAGUUCUUCGUGCACGCUUCGACCUUGUUUAUCAGCUUGCGUUGCUAGCCACUGAGCUGCAGGAUAUCUUAGAAAACGCCCCUCCCAUCGAGACGGAAGGCCAAGAGACGUACGACAAGAACCGCAAAUCCCUUGAGGAUGAUUGCCCAAUCUGCUUCACGCCUUUUGAAGGCACCGAAGACGCCGUCUAUUGCCGUGCGACCUGCGGGCAGAAUAUCCAUAAAGAAUGUUUCGAGAUGUGGGCGACCACCAAACGAAAGAACACCAGAGAUCAGGUAACUUGUCCUAUGUGCCGCACCCCCUGGCAGGGUGACGAUGAUACAGUAAAGAAGAUCAAGAAUAAAGGCAUCGUCGGCUCUGACGGCUACGUAAAUGUCGCCGACCAGCUUGGAAUCAGCCGUAGAAGAGACCAUAGCACCUACUACGAUGGACCGUAUCGAGGUAUUGGUUAUGGGAGGUGGUAG